GUUACUCCUCCCUUGUUGCGCUCUACCCCCAUGUGGGCCCACUGCGCAUACAGCAGCUUCUUCCACUACUUGGCUCUAUUCAAGCGCGCAAUUAAGCGGACUUUGCACUGGGAUUAGAGCUGCUCAGAAAAUAUGGCGCCACAUAACCCUACCCCUCCCACGACCUGCAAAAGCGGCACAUGAACACGCCAAAGCACGUCGCGCUCACUCAUAUGGAUACAGUGCUUAUAUGUGCUUACAUAUGCUUACAUGACUUAUAUGUGCUCAUAUGUACUUAUACUUUACUGCGCGAACGCAAGUAUUUUUUUUUUUUUUUUCCCAUGUUGAGCCUUCACUUGAUUGUUAUAAAUAGAUCAGAUAGCAUUCCCCUCCUAUUCGAAGCUGCAAACAGUUGAACGUUUUAACCCCUCCCCAACCCCUGCAAAAGUGAGAAAUUAAGGUGUGCACGGCCGAAAGCAUGGCGGCGAAGAUUCGAUACAGCGUCCACACGACGAACAAGUACUCCGUGUUCGAUACGGACAACUCAGAUGAAGAAAAUGAAAACAAAGCAUUGAAGGAAGCCAAGAAGCGCGAAAUAAAUAGUGCCUAUGAGGAGAGGUCCCACAGCAACAACCCAGAAAAAAAAAAGAUAACCGAAAUAAAGGACCACAAGCCAACCGUGGCUUCUAAAGAUGUCAGUGCGAAAAAGGUCAGCGCGUACAACGACCGGUAUAGCAAAUACCCUGUCUCUUCCAUCAACGAGUUACAUGAAAGUAGCCAAGGAAGAAGCAACCGAGAGAGUUACCACCUAAGGGGAAAUAAUAUAAGAAGUAAAUUCCCUCGCAAGAGAGGAGUGGGAGGUGGCGUCGGCGCAGGAUACAGUAACACAUCCACGAAUAUCUUAUCCAGCAGUAAUUACUACAGAGGUUCGAGGGCCCAUGACUAUAAGAUGGGGACCGACAGGAGGAACUACAACUCUUCGUAUAAUUAUAGCAAGUUCGACCACAGGGAGAGAAUCUUCAACGAGCGGAACGAUAGCAGAGGCAAACAUGAAAGUACAAAGAGAGAAACACACGUAGAGUCCAUAAGUAAAAAUAACGAAGAGAGCACCAACGUGGCCAGGAAACAUGACUCGGUUACGAUUGAUUAUGAUUUGUAUAGGAAACAACAGGAGAAGAAAUUAAUUUCCAAUAAGAAUGUGAUGGAGAGUACAGAUAAGAAGGCGAAAAAAAAUACUUCGAAUGGUGAAAAGAGCAAAGUUACAACACAUGGUACGAGCUCGAGCAAACGAAAUGACCAUGCGGAUGAUGAAACAAAGGCAGAUCAUCCGAAGAGGAAAGCAAUAAAUGUUUAUCAGUACAUUUUGGAAGAAGGGGGAAGAGUUGAUAGGAUCCCAGGAUUUCGCAGAGGGUAUCGAAGCUAUAAAAAAUCGGAUGAAGCCAAUUGGAAUAGUAGGAUGGAAGGCAAGGCGAAAAUACAGAUAGACGAGAAGCUUUUUAAGAAGAGAGACCCGCCCAACAUCAACGAUGCGCGAGCCUUCCCCUCCUUGACCAGCAAAUGAUGCCAAUUCGGAGUUUUUUUUGUACAUGUAUAUGUAUUUGUGUAUAUGUAUUUGUACAUGCCUAUUUGCCCACGCGUAUAUACUCGUGCGUAUAUACUUAUGCGAAUUUGCCCAUGCGUAUUUGCCCAUGCGUAUUUGCCCAUGCGUAUAUACUCAUGCGAAUUUGCCCACGCGAAUUUGCCAAUGCGCCUGCAUAAGCGUACUUACCUGUACGCAUGCAUGUGUGCAAGUCUCUGUCCAAAUGUGAAACAACCGUAUUU